AUGGCCCCCCGCCCCCGCCGCCCCCGCCACCGUAGCCGCAACUCCCCAAGCAGUUCUAGUGACCCCGAUCCCCUGCUCAAGUUCUGUCUCCUUAACCCUGGCGUCCACAUCUGGGGAGGUGACGGCAAACACGUUCUCUCGGGCGCCGUUUACGAGUACCUCGUCUUUAAGCAGGAGAGCACCGCCUAUCGCAACGAGGACGGGGUCCUGAUCAAAAUCUCGCCCGAUUACAAGGCACCAGGUAUCAUCAUCACCAUCGACAUCCAGAAGGACGACGGUGACUACAAGGACGCGGUGGCUUUCUGGCGCGAGCCCGACAACAAGGCCUUCCUCACCGACCAGCUCGCAGCCAUCAUCCAAGCCCUCGGCGACAUGUCCGGCACCGAACGCAAUCCACGUCUCCAGGUCGACAUCAAGUACCCCGCCGACGGCGCCAACGUACCGCCCGGCGCGCGCUUAACCAAGUUUACGGUGACCUGCCAGCUCCAGAGUUUCUGA